AUGGAUGCAUGUUUUUAUUUUGAAUCACCCGAUAAUGUUCCAAGGGCAAGGCCAUCUGGGAGAGCCAUAAGUUUGGGCUGUAGAAAACUAAAGCCUGUAACAGUUUUGGUGUUGGAUACUAGUAAGAGUGGUGAAUAUAUAGUGACUAUUGAUCUCUAUAAAGAUGGUGUAAUAUGUAACAGAAACUUAAUUGGAGAUGAUUCCAUUGGAGUAAAAGGUCUAUAUGAUACUGAUUACUUUUACAAAUAUAAGUUCUGUUUUCGGAACAUUGCAAUUACAAAUACUGGAAACUAUCAAUUGCAUUUCUGUCUCUACAGAACGAUAAUUGUACAACACUUCCUGAAAUUUCCUGAGAUCAGUUACAAUUAUACUGGCAUAAGGUUAGUGACAGAACCAUUUGAAAUUAAGCAAAUACAAGCUAAUGCAAGAGACCUGGAUGAUGAAAAUGAAGAGUAUGCUUUAGGUAUUGUUGCUUUUGAACACAGACCAGAGGAAUUCAUUGAUUUGUCAAGAUUUUACUUAAAAACCGUAUAUGAGAGGCCUGCACUCUACCAGUGUGUUUAA